AUUCCCUCCACCACCUCCUCCCUCGCGCUCCUCCCUCCCCCAUCACACAUCCCACCACCACCACCACCACCACCCGCUUCCGUACGCAAUUAUUCCCCCCUCGCACACACCCGGCCGCGGCGCCGCCACCACCACCACCACACCCCGAUGGGCGACUCCUCGGUGGCCCCCGCCGGCGCGCUCGUGCCGUCGGUGCCCAAGCCGGAGCACGCGCCGUCCGGGGGCGACCCGGCGGCCCAGCUCCAGGCCCUGGCGGCGGCGGCGGACGACGCGUGCGCGGGCGCCUCGCCGUCGUCGUCGCCGGAGGCGGCGGAGGGGGCGGAGGCGGAUGCAGCGGGGGACAGGGACCUGCUCUGCCCGAUCUGCAUGGGGCUCAUCAAGGACGCCUUCCUCACCGCCUGCGGCCACAGCUUCUGCUACAUGUGCAUCGUCACGCACCUCAACCACAAGAGCGACUGCCCCUGCUGCGCCAACUACCUCACCAAGGCGCAGCUCUACCCCAACUUCCUCCUCGACAAGGUCGUGAAGAAAAUGUCGGCCCGGCAAGUUGCGAAAACAGCAUCUCCCAUUGAUCAAUUCCGACAUGUUGUGCAACAGGGAAAUGACAUGACAGUUAAAGAGCUAGACAGCCUUAUGACUUUGAUUGCUGAGAAGAAGAGGCAAAUGGAACAACAAGAGUCAGAGACAAAUAUGCAAAUAUUGCUAGUCUUCUUGCACUGCCUUAGAAAGCAAAAGCUUGAAGAGUUGAAUGAGAUUCAAACUGACCUGCAGUACAUCAAAGAUGAUAUAAGCAGUGUGGAGAGACAUAGGUUAGAUCUGUAUCGAACAAAAGAAAGGUACUCCAUGAGGCUGCGCAUGCUUUUGGAUGAACCUGCUGCAUCAAAGAUGUGGCCUUCGCCUAUGGACAAACCUAGUAGUCCCUUUGUUCCCAACUCUCGGGCACCACCUAGCACAUCAUCUCCAGGGGGGUUAAAUAAUAGGAGGUUUGAUUUGAGAGCACCGGCAAGCCAUCAAGGACAUCAAAGAAGAGAUGCCCUUGCUAGCUCAGACCCUCCCAAUCCCCCUCUACAGUCGGGUAAUGUUAUUGCUCGGAAGAGGCGAGUUCAAGCGCAGUUUAACGAGCUUCAAGAAUACUAUUUGCAAAGACGGCGUACUGGAGCGCAGUCUCACAGGCAGGAGGAUGCUGUUACGAUGAAUAGAGAAGGUUAUCAUGAAGGUCUUGAAGAUUUUCAGUCUGUGCUUACAACAUUCACUCGAUAUAGUCGCUUACGUGUAAUUGCGGAACUUAGACAUGGAGAUCUGUUCCACUCAGCAAAUAUUGUAUCCAGUAUCGAAUUUGACCGUGAUGAUGAGCUAUUCGCUACUGCUGGAGUCUCGAAGCGUAUUAAAGUCUUCGAAUUUUCUACAGUUGUUAAUGAGCCAUCAGAUGUCCACUGUCCAGUUGUUGAAAUGGCUACCAGAUCUAAACUCAGCUGCCUUAGCUGGAACAAGUACUCAAAAAAUGUUAUAGCAAGUAGUGAUUAUGAAGGCAUAGUUACUGUUUGGGAUGUUCAAACCCGCCAGAGUGUAAUGGAGUAUGAAGAGCAUGAGAAAAGAGCAUGGAGUGUUGAUUUUUCACGUACAGAGCCCAAGAUGCUAGUAUCUGGUAGUGAUGAUUGCAAGGUCAAAGUGUGGUGCACAAAUCAGGAAGCAAGUGCCAUUAACAUUGAUAUGAAGGCAAAUAUUUGCUCUGUUAAAUAUAAUCCUGGAUCGAGCUACUAUGUCGCAGUCGGAUCUGCUGAUCACCAUAUUCAUUAUUUUGAUUUACGAAAUCCAAGUGCACCUCUCCAUGUUUUUGGUGGGCACAAGAAAGCUGUUUCUUAUGUGAAAUUCUUAUCAAAUAAUGAGCUUGCAUCUGCAUCGACCGAUAGCACGUUACGGUUAUGGGAUGUCAAGGACAAUUGCCCACUAAGGACUUUCAGAGGGCACAAAAAUGAGAAGAACUUCGUAGGACUAUCUGUAAAUAACGAAUAUAUUGCUUGCGGGAGUGAAACAAAUGAGGUUUUUGUUUACCACAAGGCUAUCUCAAAACCUGCUUCCAGCCAUCGGUUUCUAUCCACGGACCUGGACGACGCCGAGGAUGAUCCCGGGUCUUAUUUCAUCAGCGCUGUCUGCUGGAAGAGCGAUAGCCCUACUAUGCUAACUGCUAACAGCCAGGGGACCAUUAAAGUUCUCGUGCUCGCCCCUUGAGUGUGAUCAGGGGAGAUCUGUAGCUAGCUUGUAUAUCCUAUGUAUCCCGUCGUUUCAUUGUUGUGCCAUUAUAUGUCCCGAAGUGGGAGUGGAGGCAUAUUGAUCUCCAGCCUAGGGUGCGAAAUUUUUGUGGAGGUAAUCGUCUGACGUAGGGUUCCAAGGGCUCGGAAUGUGCAUAGUGGGGGUGACCCUGUUGUAUAGGUGCAAAGCAGUCGGCUUGUCUAUUAUAGUACUACUACAUCUGUAACGUGAGAAAUAAAUCUUGAAUAAAGAGUCCGGCUUGGUUUCUGAGUGA